AUGCCGCCAAUUUUCCAGGUCCGUCGUGCCCAGCAAUCAUGUUUCCCUCCACUAAUCACCCUCACAGAUCCUGCUAUCAUCCACACCGACAGAUGGUACGCUUUCGCAACAAGGACCAUUGGAAGCAGCAUACACGUACAGGUCGCCACCUCAUGGGACUUUAAUUCGUGGUCACUGGAGUACAACAGCGACGGCUCGCAAUAUAACGCACUUCCCAAUCUACCGGCGUGGGCCAUUGCCCAUGCGCCAAACACCUGGGCCCCGGAUGUAAACCAGCUAGACGACGGUACCUUUAUCAUGUACUACAGUGCAUCGACCAAAGCCGACUCCUCGAAGCAUUGCGUCGGCGCGGCAACGAGUCGAACUGUCAGAGGGCCAUACAUCCCUACUAGCUCAGAGCCCUUGUUUUGUCCGCUCUCUGAAGGCGGCGCAAUCGAUGCCUCGGGAUACAACGACGACGGACAGCGCUACAUAGUAUACAAAAUUGAUGGAAACAGUCUUGGCCACGGCGGGCCAUGUGGCAACACUGUGGAGCCUCUGGUGGCAACGCCUAUAAUCUUGCAGCCUGUGGCGUCCGAUGGCCACACCUUGACUGGAUCACCCACGAAGCUUCUCGAUCAUCAAGGAAUCAGCGACGAUGGCAUUCUGGAAGCUCCCGUGGUGGUCAAAAAGAACGGCAUUUACUUUUUGCUGUUCAGCUCAGGUUGUUUCACGUCGACGAAUUACAACGUCGACUACGCCACCGCUCCUUCGAUAUUCGGGCCAUAUACAAGAGCGGCACGCCCGCUGCUUUCCACUGGCGACCACGGUCUGAGUGGACCUGGCGGCGCGGACGUCUCGAAAGAUCUGAAGUUCAUGGUGUUCCAUGCCAACUCUGCUGGCGGUCGAGCACUGUACACGGCCAUGCUCACGGUCAGCGGGAAAACGCUCUCAGUCGCGUAG